CUUGUUGCAUUCUGUAAUGUGCUAGACUCUGCAUGUCGCGGCGCGACUGAUUUCAAACUCAUGCGAAAUGGCCUUAGGACGCACAGUAAUCCCUCAUGAUCGAACACGAAAAACAGGUAAAACGAUCAUCGGUCUUCCUGUUGGUACGAUGACAUUUGAAAGUCAAUGCCGCGGAUUCGUGUCUUCGGAGCGUUUGGUUGAAUAAACCAGACUACUGUAUGUUUUGUAAGUGAUACAUUUCGAGGUGUUGGUCAUGGAUAACUGUGGCAAAGCGCUGGAGAAAAACCCAGCAGAGUUGACCGUCAUGGAUGUUUACGACAUUGCGGCGGUGAUGGGCCAGGAGUUCGAGCGUAUAAUCGAUCAAUACGGCUGUGAAUCGUUGACCCGGAUCAUGCCCAAGGUAGUGCGGGUUCUAGAGAUUCUGGAGGUGCUAGUGGGUCGCAACAACAUCAGCGCGGAGACCGAGGAGCUGCGUUUGGAACUGGACAGGUUGCGACUGGAGAGGAGAGAUCGCUUGGAGCGUGAGAAAAG